AUGUAUUGCACGGCGAUUUUGCUGCACACUUUGGUGGCCGCGCCUCUGGCCCUUGGGGCUGCUUUGAGAACACGACUCGACAAUCGCAUCGGGAAGACACCUCCGAUGGGUUGGAACACUUAUAACCACUACUCCUGCUCGCCCAACGAGACAAUUGUCAAAUCCAAUGCGAAAGCUUUGAUUGAUUUGGGCCUAGCCGAUCUAGGUUAUCGCUAUGUCACAACUGAUUGUGGCUGGACAGUCGCCAAUCGCACUGCGGAAGGGUCAUUGACAUGGAAUGAGACUCUAUUUCCUAGUGGCUUCCCAGCUCUAGGUGAAUAUAUUCAUGAUCUUGGAUUGUUGUUUGGUGUCUAUGAGGAUGCGGGAAUUCGGUCCUGCCAGACUAGUAUCGAGCAGGCGGGGAGUCUGUCCUACGAGGCCCAGGAUGCUGCACUUUUUACUUCCUGGAAGAUCGAUGCGUUGAAAUACGACAAUUGCUUCUCCGACGCAGCAACUGGAUACCCCAAUGUCAAUUACGAACCAAGUAAAUCCCCCAGCCUCCGAUUUGCGAAUAUGACAAAAGCUCUCGCGGCACAAAACCGCUCCGUGCUCUUCCAGAUCUGCGAAUGGGGCGUAGAUUUCCCAGCCCUAUGGGCACCAGCUGUCGGCCAUACCUGGCGCAUUGGCAACGAUAUUACCCCGGCCUGGCGAGCUAUCUUCCGGACAUUGAACCAAGCAGUUCCGCAGACGUCCUUUGCGGGUCCCGGCCAGUGGCCCGAUCUUGAUAUGCUGGAAGUUGGGAAUAACAUUCUUACCACUGCCGAGGAACAAACUCAUUUCUCUCUUUGGGCUAUAUUGAAGAGCCCACUGGUCAUUGGUGGUGCUUUGAAGGAUGAAGUCACUUCGAUCAGUGCUGAGUCACUGGCAAUCCUUUCCAACAAAGACGUUAUAUCUUUCAAUCAAGACUCUCUCGGUGUCAGUGCUACUCUCAAGCGGCGGUGGUCUGAAAGUAGGUACGAAGUCUGGAGUGGCCCGCUGUCAGGCGGCAGGACCGUUGCAGCGCUGAUAAACUGGGCUAACGAGUCCCGCGAGUUGACACUGAAUCUCGCGGACGUGGAAGCCCAGGCUGCCGGCAUGCUGAAGGACAUCUGGACUGGCAAGACCGUUAGUAAUGUCAAGAGUUCGUAUACAGCGACUGUGGCCGCGCACGGUGUGAUGUUAGUUGAACUCGGUGAUACGACGGUGGCCGGUAUUUACCCGACUUCGAAAUUCGGAAUCUCUAAACAGAAUUCGGUGACAUUUGACUCGGUCUAUGCAAACACAACGAGCGACAGCCACACGCUCGUAGUUAAAUUCUCCACAUCAUCGAAUACUGCAACAACUCUUAUUGUCCAAUCCUCAUCGACCCAAGAAAAAACCAGUAUCAAAGUCCCAGCAUCUAACAAGACAGUCUCAAGCUCCGUAUCAUUAUCUGCCGGCUCAGCAAACACAGUGACCAUCAGUACAACUCUGUCCAUUGAGUCUAUCCAAAUCCAAGCGCCAACAGGGAUAUACUACCCCUCCACCUCAUUCACUCUGACAGGAUCCGCCGAGCUCACUCAGUGUGGAUCCGGCUACUGUCAACCAGUAGGAUCAAAAGUCGGCUACCUUGACAGCACGAGCACCGCGAAUGUCACCGUCCCCGCAAGAGUUUCAAACAGUACAUCGUCCAAGUACGUGGAGUUGGACUAUAUCAACAACGAUAUCGCAUUCUCAACUUCCUGGGGUCUUGGCUCGAACUCACGCAACAUCACUAUCUCGUUGAAUGGUGGAAGCUCUGUUAGACUUGAGGUACCGCUAUCUGGACGCCAUAGUGAGCUCUUUGGGCCUGGACUUGGUUGGUGGGACACUGCAACGCUGGGUGUUUUGAUUGAUGGCUGGACGACUGGGGAUAAUGCGGUUGUUGUUGGGAACGAGGCCGGUAAUGAUGCUUUCCAGACCUGGGGUGCAGACUUUGUGGGAUUGAGGGUCUUCGAUUAG